AAUGGCUGAGCAAGACCUGUGAAGUGUACAUACAAAAUAAUAAAUGUUAAUAAUCUUUCGAUGAUAACCACUUUUUCGAAUUAUUUUAUUUUACUUUUCAUCGAAGUUAAAUGUAACUACAAUAUUAAAUUUAAUACAUUUUUGUUUUCAAUGAGUUUAUAAUACUCCCAGAAGAUCGUUCAAAUUUAAUAAUUUUUUUCAUUUAAUAACCAUCGUAUUAUUUGAUCGAUACUUGGAUACAGAGUUUACGGUUAAAAAACAUAAAGAUUGAUCAGCUACGACAGUGCUGAGACUGCUUGCGACCAUAUUGGAAUAUAUUAUUAUUAUUACGUUACUAGUAAUAUUUGCGUGCGUGAAUGGGACGAAAUAGUUAAUACGCUGAAGUUACGCAUAGAUGGCAGCACGUAAUACACAAUGGCAUCGCUAUAAAAACACGCCGCGGGAAGACUGAAUCGUAGCCGUGUAUGUUUUAAUCAUUAUAAAAUAUCAAUACAUCAAUAUAUUAACAACAAUUUUGUGGUAAAAAAUAUUACGAAUAGUUAAGUUAUAAAAAAUACCUAAGUAAUAUAAAUCAAAUCCAUGACACCUAUUAAGAUGGAAAAAUAUGAAUGGAUUAAUCCUGAUAACCAUAGUAUUGCCGUUGACGACCAGAAACAACCAGUUUUAAAUGAAAAUGGCGAUCUUAUUGUGUUGGACAACGAAAGCGGAAAGUGUAUAGCAGUUCCUAACUCCGAGGAAGUAUUGGAAAUUUUUGGUUUUGGGUAUCAUGGGAGUUACGGGUCACCCCCCGCGUCACCAAAAGAUUCGUCUGAACACGAUAUGAAACCAAUCGUCCAAGUCUUGACAGGCCCUCUGACGCCCAGUAAUAGUUUUCCAAAAUCGUAUUUCACUGACGGGGUGGAGGAGACAUCCGACGCCGACCAACUACUGUGGAGCAUGAGGACGCCAUGCCAGAAGGAUAUCGAAGCGACUAGGGAGAUGCUGGGACUAGUGGCCUCUAAAAAAUACCAGGAUAUGUUCAACGACCAAUGCACGGUCAAGAUUCGAGUGUGGAAGCGGAUAUGCGAGGAACUAAUGUCGAAAGGGUACAGAAUCGCGGACUCGGUGAACGAAGGUGGCAUAAAGUGUCACCAAAAAUGGCGCAACCUGGAGAAGUCGUACCGAAACUACCUAAUUAGCUCGACGGACCCGAACAGUUCAGCGCCCAAAAAACCACCGCCGUACUUCGAGGCGCUGCACGACAUUCUCAAGCGGAAGAAGAAGUACGCGAACGCGGCCACGUACACGCAAACGGUGGUGGUCGGCGAUGACUUGGCCGACGCGGACGCAUCGAGCGUCAGUGGCAUGCAUAACCAUCACAUGAACGACUCGGACGCGGCACUGGACGACAUGGACGAUAUGGACAGUCCGAAUGACGACCACUGUUACGUGGUCAACAGUUCCGGUCACGUGUCCAAACGGUUCAAAGUGGACCCGCUGACGAUGUGCUCGACCACCAGUGGUGGCGGCAACGGCGGCGGAGGCGUCGGUUCGUCAUCGUCGUCUCGCCGGCAUCAUCACGUCCAGCAACCGGACGUGCUGGAACAAAUACUGGAACAGAUGGUCCGCGUGCACCGGGACACGUUGUCCAUGCACGAUCGGCACUUCACCAGAAUGGAGAAGCUGAUGAAGGAGAACGCGACGCAGACCAAGCGGCUGGCCGACGUCAUGAGUCAGUUGUUGCACAACAGCCGCAUGGACGAUUGCGGCAGCGGCAAAAGCAACGACAAGUCGACCGGCAUGACGUCAUCAGACAUUGAAUGACCAGAGUCCCACGUGAAUCUUAGUAUAUAAAGUGUAUAAUAUUAUUUAUUCGCGAUCAACGGACGUGGCGCCGACAAGGAACGUUACCCUUACGCCACGUUCGUAUUUUUUUUUUGUGUUUACCUCAGAAUUGUGUGUACGCAUUUCAAACAAUGUCCUCUGACCUACCCCCCCCCCCCCUCUCACCGAUUUAGGAUCCCAAUUUGUUUUGAGUUAAAUUAAAAUGUUUCAAAUAAUAUGUAAUAACAAAUAUAUAGCAUUUAUAUAUUAUAUAAGAUUUAAUAAAGUAGCUCGCCUUUUUCAUGUAUAUUUGUAAGGUAGAGACUACCUUGCGCGUGGUUAUCAACUUGUUCGGUAUUUUAUAUUCCUCUUGUGUAUAUUAAUUAUAAGUUAUUUGAAACCAUUAUAUUAUUAUGAUAAUAAAACCAUUAGUAUAUUAUAUAUUA